CUCGGACGGUGGAAGAGGAUCUAUUCAGAGCCAAAGGCUUUACCUUAUUCUUGGUUUUUCUUUUCCUUUUUAAACCCCUUUCCUUUGCAUCUGUGGAGUAUUUUUGUUUGGGAUUUGGGAUUGAAGAGGCAUACAGAGAGACAUACACACACGCACAUACAGAGGGAGAGACAGAGGGAGAGAGAGGAGAGAGAGAGAGAGAAAGAGAGAGGCAGAGACACCAUCUGCAGUGUCAAUGCGGCGCUCCCGCUGAAGGAGGGAAAAGCGGCAAUCCCAGGGGAAGACCCAUCCGGGGGGUCCUGAUCCUUUGAAGUGCCUCUUGGUGUGUGACUAUUUCUGUGGCCAAGAGGACUCAUUUCUGAGAUGAAGGCCAUGCCUUGGAACUGGACUUGUCUGCUCUCCCAUCUCCUGCUUCUGGGGAUGGGUUCUGCAGCCCUCCUUUCCCGACAACCCCCGUCCUCACCCCAGAAGCGGUCUUUUCUCACAUUCACUGCAGAGCCCACCGAGGGCUUCAACCACCUUGUGGUGGAUGAAAGGACAGGGCACAUCUACCUGGGGGCUGUCAACCGUAUCUAUAAAUUGUCCAGUGACUUGAAGGUCCUGGUGACCCAUCAGACAGGGCCUGAUGAGGAUAACCCCAAGUGCUACCCACCCCGAAUUGUCCAGACCUGCAAUGAGCCCCUUACAACCACCAAUAAUGUCAACAAAAUGCUCCUCAUUGACUAUAAGGAGAACAGGUUGAUUGCCUGUGGGAGUCUGUACCAGGGUAUCUGUAAGCUGCUAAGGCUGGAGGACCUCUUCAAGCUAGGAGAGCCAUUUCACAAGAAAGAACAUUACCUGUCUGGGGUCAACGAAAGUGGCUCCGUCUUUGGCGUCAUUGUCUCCUACAACAACCUGGAUGAUAAGCUGUUCAUUGCCACUGCCGUGGAUGGGAAGCCAGAAUACUUUCCGACUAUCUCUAGCCGCAAAUUGACUAAGAAUUCUGAAGCUGAUGGCAUGUUCGCUUACGUCUUCCAUGAUGAGUUUGUGGCCUCUAUGAUUAAGAUACCUUCAGACACCUUCACCAUCAUCCCUGACUUUGACAUCUAUUAUGUCUAUGGAUUUAGCAGCGGCAACUUUGUUUACUUCCUGACCCUCCAGCCAGAAAUGAUGUCCCCACCAGGCUCCACCACCAAGGAACAAGUUUAUACCUCCAAGUUGGUGAGGCUGUGUAAGGAGGACACAGCCUUCAACUCCUACGUGGAGGUGCCCAUUGGCUGUGAGCGCAAUGGGGUGGAGUAUCGCUUGCUGCAAGCUGCUUACCUUUCCAAGGCAGGGGCCUUCCUCGCCCGGACCUUGGGAGUUCGAUCAGAUGAUGACAUCCUCUUUACUGUGUUCUCCAAGGGUCAGAAGCGGAAAAUGAAAUCGCUGGAUGAAUCAGCCCUGUGCAUCUUUGUCCUGAAGCAGAUCAAUGAUCGUAUCAAGGAGAGACUACAGUCCUGCUACAGGGGGGAGGGCACUCUGGACCUCGCCUGGCUCAAAGUGAAGGAUAUCCCCUGCAGCAGUGCGCUCCUAACCAUUGAUGAUAACUUCUGUGGCCUGGAUAUGAAUGCACCCCUUGGUGUUUCAGAGAUGGUACGUGGCAUGCCCAUCUUCACGGAGGACAGGGACCGAAUGACCUCAGUCAUUGCCUAUGUUUACAAGGAGCACUCACUGGCUUUCGUGGGCACCAAGAGUGGCAAGCUGAAAAAGAUCCGUGUGGAUGGGCCCCGGGGGAAUGCCCUGCAGUAUGAGACAGUGCAGGUGGUGGAUCCUGGCCCGGUUCUCAGGGACAUGGCCUUCUCCAUGGACCAUGAGCAGCUCUACAUCAUGUCAGAAAGACAGCUCACCAGAGUUCCUGUUGAGUCCUGCAGUCAGUAUGGAAGCUGCAGUGAGUGUCUCGGCUCAGGGGACCCCCACUGUGGUUGGUGUGUGCUUCAUAACACAUGUACCAGGAAGGAGCGGUGUGAGAGAUCCAGGGAACCUCGCAGGUUUGCCUCCGAGAUGAAGCAGUGUGUCCGUCUGACGGUGCAUCCUAACAACAUCUCUGUCUCACAGUACAAUGUACUGUUGGUCUUGGAGACCUAUAAUGUCCCAGAACUGUCAGCUGGUGUCAAUUGUACCUUUGAGGACCUAUCUGAGAUGGACGGCCUAGUGAUGGGCAACAAGAUCCAAUGCUAUUCCCCUAAAGCUAAGGAAGUGCCUCAGAUCAUCACUGAGAAUGGGGACCACCACAUUGUUCAACUGCAACUCAAGUCUAAGGAGACAGGCAUGACCUUUGCCAGCACCAGUUUUGUCUUCUACAACUGCAGCGUCCACAAUUCGUGCCUGUCCUGUGUGGAGAGCCCCUAUCGCUGCCACUGGUGCAAAUACCGCCAUGUCUGUACUCAUGACCCCCAGACCUGCUCCUUCCAGGAGGGCCGAGUGAAGCUUCCUGAGGAUUGCCCUCAGCUGCUGCAAGUGGACAAGAUCCUGGUGCCAGUGGAAGUGAUCAAGCCCAUUACCCUGAAGGCCAAGAACCUGCCCCAGCCGCAGUCGGGUCAGCGGGGCUAUGAGUGCAUCCUCAACAUCCAGGGCACUGAGCAGAGGGUCCCUGCCCUGCGCUUCAACAGCUCCAGUGUGCAAUGCCAAAACACCUCUGUGAGUGCCACACCAUCCUCCUGUCCCUUCCUGACCCCAAGCCCAGAGCCACCUUUCCAUUGUCUACCUUCCCUGGAGUCAAGCCAGAUCUUCCCAGGAGGUGUCCUCCCAAACACCAAGAAUUUAGGGGUGCCUCCUCCUCCUGGAAGGAUUUUGAAGCAGGCUCCCUUCUUCUUCAUGGAGCAGCAGGUGAAAGAUCCUGGUCCAAUGGGCAUUCUCAGAAGUAAAAUGAACCAGGAGACCAUCGGCAAAGAGGCAGUGAGGUGGCGAACUUUUGCUGAGCUACAGACAGACAUCCAUGAGCUGACGAGUGACCUGGAUGGGGCUGGAAUUCCCUUCUUGGACUAUCGGACAUACACCAUGCGAGUGUUAUUUCCUGGCAUAGAAGAUCACCCUGUACUCCGGGACCUGGAGGUACCAGGCUACCGCCAAGAGCGUGUGGAGAAGGGCCUGAAGCUCUUUGCCCAGCUCAUCAACAACAAAGUGUUUUUACUGUCCUUCAUCCGCACCCUGGAGUCCCAGAGGAGCUUCUCAAUGCGGGACCGGGGCAAUGUGGCCUCGCUCAUCAUGACGGUCCUGCAGAGCAAGCUGGAGUAUGCCACAGACGUGCUAAAGCAGCUACUGGCUGACCUCAUUGACAAGAACCUGGAGAGCAAAAACCACCCCAAACUACUACUCAGAAGGACGGAGUCAGUGGCUGAGAAGAUGCUAACCAACUGGUUCACUUUCCUUCUCUACAAGUUCCUGAAGGAAUGUGCCGGGGAACCCCUCUUCUCCUUAUUCUGUGCCAUCAAGCAGCAGAUGGAAAAGGGUCCCAUCGAUGCCAUCACUGGGGAAGCCCGAUACUCCUUGAGUGAGGACAAGCUCAUCAGGCAGCAGAUUGACUACAAGACCCUGGUCUUAAGCUGUGUCAAUCCAGACAAUGUCACCAGCCCUGAAAUCCCAGUGAAGAUCCUCAACUGUGACACCAUUACCCAGGUCAAAGAGAAGAUCCUGGAUGCCAUCUUCAAGAAUGUGCCCUGUUCCCACAGGCCCAAAGCUGCUGAUAUGGAUCUGGAGUGGCGACAAGGAAGUGGGGCUAGGAUGAUCCUACAAGAUGAAGACCUCACCACCAAGAUCGAGAAUGAUUGGAAGAGACUCAACACGUUGGCCCAUUACCAGGUACCAGAUGGCUCAGUAGUGGCUUUAGUCUCCAAGCAAGUCACAGCCUACAAUGCAGUGAAUAACUCCACUGUUUCCAGGACGUCAGCGAGCAAAUACGAGAACAUGAUCCGGUACACGGGGAGCCCCGACAGCCUCCGUUCCCGCACACCCAUGAUCACACCUGACCUGGAAAGCGGGGUCAAGAUGUGGCACCUUGUGAAGAAUCACGAACACGGGGACCAGAAGGAGGGUGACCGGGGAAGCAAGAUGGUGUCUGAAAUCUACCUAACCCGGCUCCUGGCCACCAAGGGCACUCUGCAGAAGUUUGUGGAUGACCUCUUCGAGACCAUCUUCAGCACUGCCCACAGGGGAUCUGCCUUGCCCCUUGCAAUCAAGUACAUGUUUGACUUCCUGGAUGAACAGGCAGACAAGCAUGGCAUCCAUGAUCCCCAUGUCCGGCACACCUGGAAGAGCAAUUGUUUGCCGUUGAGGUUCUGGGUCAACAUGAUCAAGAACCCCCAGUUUGUGUUUGACAUCCACAAGAAUAGCAUCACUGAUGCCUGCCUCUCCGUGGUGGCUCAGACCUUCAUGGAUUCCUGUUCCACAUCUGAGCAUCGCCUGGGCAAGGACUCCCCAUCCAACAAAUUGCUCUAUGCCAAGGACAUCCCCAGUUACAAGAACUGGGUAGAGAGAUAUUACUCAGACAUCGGGAAGAUGCCAGCCAUCAGUGACCAGGACAUGAACGCCUAUUUAGCUGAGCAAUCCCGCAUGCAUAUGAACGAAUUCAACACAAUGAGUGCCCUCUCUGAGAUCUUCUCCUACGUGGGCAAAUACAGCGAGGAGAUCCUCGGACCCCUGGACCAUGAUGACCAGUGUGGGAAGCAGAAACUAGCCUACAAACUAGAACAAGUCAUAACCCUCAUGAGCAUAGACAGCUGAGAACUGUCCUUCCGAGACUCCCUUGGAGGGGGGACAUACCAAGCCGUGCCUCAGACUAAAUCAUCAUCUUUACCAAGUGCAAGUUCCGACUGGCUAUAAGCAGCAUCACCUGAGCAGCGCUCUCUCUCUCUCUCUCUCUCUCUCUCUCUCUCUCUCUCUCUCUCUCUCUCUCU